CUCUUGUUGCUGCAAAUUACAAUUUACAGCACAGAAACCAGAAAUUAUGGGACAGGGUGAAGAAAUUAAAACUCGAAGCGAUCCCAAACUUGAAAUACAGGAGAGAGGUGAAAUAUUCUUCUUUUACCGCCCAAAAGUGGAGAAACAAGAAGCCCACUCUGCUGAAGAUGUUCAACGUUUGUAUCUUAUUUUACGCCCUGAGUCCGGAGAGCGUUCCGUGGAGGAGAAGCAACAGCCCCGUGAAGCUUCUCCUUCUUCUUCUUCUUCUCCCGGAAAGAAACAUACAGAGGGUGGUCAUGGUGUUCAGGAAGUGAACAUCGAAAAGGAGGCAUUGCUGCGAUUUAUUGUGAUGGGAAGGAAAAGCCUACCGGACCCUGUCAAGAAAUCUCGACCUUACUGGGGUUUUGUGGACCUCGUCACUACUGAAAUUGAUCAACUCAAGGAUGCUCUCGGAGGAGAGGAAUAUGAUACUUCCACUAGAGGUCAUAGACACAAGUUUCCGGCACGACCAGUUGGUGAAGGGAUAUAUCGCAUAUUGAGGCACUAUCCUGAAAAGAAAUCAAUGCACACUCAUUUGGUCUACAAGCUAGAGCUCCCUCCUGAGAACAAGGAAAAUGAACCCCAACACUCUCUCAACAUCGAGCGUGAAGCCUCUUAUCUUAUACAGAUAAAGAACCCCGAGCAGCAAAGUGACGGCGGUGGCGGAUUCAGAGGGCUCCAGAGCAAGCGCAAGGCCAUGUUUCCUGCUCACCUACAAGGCCAGUUUGGCCACAAAAGAUUCUCGCCAGCUGAUCCGCCCGACUUUCUGAACUAUGAAGGAUGUGAAUUCUUGCUGAUAUCCGCCUCUGAUGAUAUAGAGGAUGAAUUGGGGUUGGAGCUGAAGACAGAAGGUCAUGAAACAGAUCCAUCUUGCUCUGAUUUAGUCAAGACAUUAGGAGACAGUGUGACUACCACCACUGAGCUCUUUGAAGGCACUUGGGCUUGAAAAACUAGCUUUUUCUUUGUUAUAAUCUCUGUUUCAAAAAAAAUUGAACAUCUUUGUAAAUAGUGGUUCACUGUUUGAUUCAGGGUGUGUAAUAUAUUUAUAAUAUGUAAGAAAAAAAACCUGGGUUGUAAAAAACAGG